AUGUGGCUCAGCUUCAGCCAUGCUACCCAGCUGCAGCUGAAUGGGACGAGAAACAAGAUAUAUAAACUAAAGGAGAAGAAGAAGAAACUGCAGAAGGAACUGGAGACCAGAAACAAAGAGAUGGAGGAGACAAAAGAUAAGAACAGCAGCAGCUCAGACAGUCAGGAGACGUUAAGAGACGUUACUGCGGUCGUUGGCUCUGACUGCAACUUUAUCAGUGUGAUGAACUGGUCUGAUCAGGACAAACCACUGGGAGGACGUCAGUUAAAAGUCCAGAUCAACAAUAAUGAACCCAUCACAUACACAUUUGAUCCGUCAGUGGAACUCAAGGCUGGAAAGUCUGUUACUUUAUACCGUCCAGGCUAUGAUGAAGGUUUUGCUUUACGCGGUGACCUGGUGUGGAAGGACCUGAAGUCCUGGAGGCCUGGAGACAGAGUCCAGGUCUCUCUGCAGUGAAAUAGUUCCCAGUUGAACUCCUUCAAUAAAGUUCAGUAAUCCAGCAAACAGCAACAUUAUAGAUGAGA